CGAGGUGCACGAAGAGGAGCGGCCCGAGGAGGAGCAGCAGUGGCAGGAGCAUUGCGGGGCUCCACGGCGAGCCCGCUGAGCCCGCAGCUCGGCUGGCCCCGGCAGCAUCGCAUUGCCCUGCGUGCCGCGGCAAGCAAGCCAGCAGCGCUGGGUGCUCUGGGAGUCACCACUCUACUCACGGCACACACCACUUACAAGUUCGGAUUUCCCAUUCCCAAACCUUAUCUGGAUGAAGGAGAAGGCUGUGAGGAAGUGGAAGAUGCCCCAGGACACUGAGGCAGACAAGGAGCUGAGGAUGGGGAGCAGGGAGGACAAAUCCCCACGGCAGAACCUCAUGGACGAGGCCAUUUUGAGCAGCUCCAUGGCACAGGAACCUAAUGGGGCUAAAAAGCCUCGGAGAUCCCUCAGGAGGAGGGGCUCCAAACCCAGCCCAGGAUGCUCCAAGGGGAAAAGACCCAGCCUGUGCCAGGAAGGCAGCCAGAGAUCUGGCCAGAGCUCUGAGGUGGUAGCCAGUGAGCAGCAUGACAAUGGCAAGAAGCCCCACUGGUGCUUGGAAUGUGGGAAAAGUUUCCUCAAGAACUCCUACCUGGUCGUCCACCAGAGGAUCCACACCGGGGAACGGCCCUAUAAGUGUGGGGAAUGUGGGAAGAGCUUCAGGAUCAGCCACCACCUGAUGAACCACCAGAGGAUCAACACUGGGGAACGACCCCACGAGUGUGGGGAAUGUGGACAGAGGUUCAAGAUCAGCUCUGCCCUGAUCGUCCACCGAAGGACCCACACUGGGGAACGGCCCCAUGAGUGUGGGGAAUGUGGGAAGAGCUUCAAGAUCAGCUCCCACCUGAUCCGCCACCAGAGGAUCCACACCAAUGAACGGCCCUAUAAAUGUGGAGAAUGUGGGAAAGGCUUCAGGAGGAGCUCCAGCCUGAAACUCCACCAGGUGACCCACACUGGGAUACGACCCUAUGUGUGUGGGGAGUGUGGGAAGGGCUUCCGUGACAGCACUGGCCUGAUCAUCCACCAGACAAUGCACACUGGGGAAUGUCCCUACACGUGCUCUGAAUGUGGGAAGAGCUUCAUGGGGAACGCCAGCCUGAUUAUGCACCAGAGGAUCCACACUGGGGAGAGGCCCUACGAGUGCGGGGAAUGUGGGAAAAGCUUCAGUGCGCCCUCCACCCUGAUUUUCCACCAGAGGAUCCACACUGGAGAGAGGCCCUACAAAUGUGAGGAAUGUGGGAAAAGCUUCAGCAAGAGGUCCGGCCUGACUGUCCACCAGAGAAUUCACACUGGGGAGAGGCCCUACAAGUGUGGGGAAUGUGGGAAAAGCUUCAGCCAGAGCUCCAGCCUGACUGUCCACCAGAGGAUCCACACUGGGGAGAAGCACUAUAAGUGUCCUGAGUGUGGGGAGAGGUUUCAGAGCAGAUACCGUCUCCUCAAGCAUCAGCAGAUUGACACAGAAUAGAGGCCCUUCCGCUGCCCCGAGUGCGGGAGGGACUUUAAGAGAAACUCCACCCUCAUCACCCACCAGUGGAUCCACGCUGGGGAGAGGCCCUAACAGUGUCUCAAGUGUGGGAAGCGAUUCUCCCAGAACUCUACUAUGACCCAGCACCAAGGGAGGCAGCAGUAAGGGAAGCCCUACAAGUGCCUCAUGUGCAGGAAGAGCUUUGAGCACUGCUCCAACUCCAUCCCCCACUGGAGGACCCCCAUUGGAUGGUCCACGAUGACCCUCGUUGGGCAGAGACUUGGUGAUCCAUGGUCCUUUUGAUCCAUGUUAGGAAGAAACCUGGCUGGUGAUCUCCACAUCUUCCUGGCUCCUCUUGGACACUUGGGCAGCAGGAGAAAAAUCCAUUGGGUUGCAAACCAACAUCAGAAUUUCAUAGGGGACAGCACAGUUUUUUACUUUCGACCCCAAAAAAAUCUCACCUUUUGCAUCCAAUCAUUUCUUCAGGUGGCAUCAAGGAAUACUGGAUGGUGUUGGAGGUCUUUUCCAAUCAAAAUCAUUCCAUGAUUCUGAUUGUCUCUGGCCCAUAGGCGUCUUGCACAGCCAAAUGGUGAUGGACUGGGGCACAAAACCAGGAUUUCGGAGACAGUGGAGUGGAAAUUCCUCUAGAAAAGAUCCUUUCUACCCACCCAGGCACAUGGAUACUCAGCCAGCAUGUACACGUAAAUCCUUUUAUUUUGGCCUUGAUUUUCCUUCAUAUUUCUUCAUCCCUUCACCCACCAUUGGGGUAAAAAUAAAGACAUUUAACUAA